AUGGAUAUUCUACUCAAGGAUUGUGAUCUCUAUCAUAAGUAUCACCAAACUUUCGAAUCAUAAGGAAUAACUAUUGAGAGAUUUGAGAAACUUUCAAAAUUAAAUCAAACUACUUUUGCAAGUGCAAUUAUGGAAAGAUGCUAGAUGACUUGUGGCGAUUUCAUUGAUCUCAUUUGCUCCUGGGAGAGCUACGUUUAGAGCAAAGAAAAGCGCCAAAAUUCAGAUUUGAAUUAAAAAAAAGCGCGCUCUAUUACUGAUAGUGACGAAUUUAAAACUCCUAAAUCAAACUCUUAUCGAGAUUGUGUUUCAGAUUUUACAAAAUCAGAUUAGAAGAUUGAAUCAAAGAUAGAAUAGGCAGACAAAUCGACAUAAACUGGCAAUGAAUUGCUUGAAGUACCAUUGGCUUUAUCUCCACAAGGAAAAGUAUCUCCAAGUAAAAUGCUGGGUAAGAAAAGAACUGUUAGUGAUAGAGAAGCUAUGGAGCCAGAGAAGCCUCCUUGUUCUAUUCCUACUAUAGUUUGUCAAAAUAAGAGAAGAGCUCAACAGCUCCUAGUACCUUCAUAAUCGCCAAACAAAGCUAUUGGAAGUAAGGUUCAAACAUACAACAUCCUAGAAAUGCCUUCAAAGCCUUAAACACCAACUUUCAAGGAGAGUUUUAACUAAGUAAAUGUAUUAUUGGUUAAAGAUAAUGCCCCAAAAGUUCAGUAAGCAGAAAGAUAGUAGCAAUAGCAAAGGAGCAUUAAAAAUUCAAGCAAGUGA